UUACAGGCUUCUGGAGUAACAGUGAAUGAUGAAGUCAUAAAGGUUUUUAAUGAUAUGAAAGUAAGGAAAUCUUCGACCCCAGAAGAGAUUAAAAAAAGAAAGAAAGCCGUUCUCUUCUGCUUAAGUGAUGACAAAAAACAAAUAAUUGUAGAGGAGGCAAAGCAGAUACUGGUCGGUGACAUUGGAGAUACUGUGGAGGACCCCUAUACAGCUUUUGUGAAGUUGCUACCUUUGAACGAUUGCCGAUACGCUUUGUACGAUGCCACAUAUGAGACAAAGGAAUCUAAGAAAGAAGACCUGGUAUUUAUAUUCUGGGCUCCUGAAAGUGCACCUUUAAAAAGCAAGAUGAUCUAUGCAAGUUCUAAAGAUGCCAUUAAAAAGAAAUUUACAGGUAUUAAACAUGAGUGGCAAGUAAAUGGUUUGGAUGAUAUUAAGGACCGUUCAACACUUGGAGAGAAAUUGGGAGGCAACGUGGUAGUUUCACUUGAAGGAAAACCCUUAUAAAAAAAGACAGACAAGUGCCAUCUGGAUCUAAGGAGCUUCCAUUUCUGCAGCUCGUUCAAUUGGAAUAGUAUUAGUCUCCCCAUCCCCUUCCUUCCUCAAAAAAUAAGUCCCUUCCCUAAUGCCCCUGAAGGAGAUGUCAUUGUUAAGCAGUCUACCAGUGAUUGCCAUUAGACUGUUUAAUCCUGGUAGUUUUAUGUAGGAUCCAAGGAAUGCUUUCACGUCAUACUCUUAGCCAAAACUGACGUUGCAGGCAUUCCUUGCAACAUGUACAAUGAAUGUGAUAGUUAAUGUGAAUAGUCUAGCAGACAGCAAAGGGUAAGCUAAUUCAAUGCCUUGAAAGUAUUGUCCACUGGUCGGAUGGUAGACUCUAUACAGUAUUACUUACAGUUGCACUUGAUUGCAGUUCCAUGAGGCUCUUGUGCAUUCAUACACCUCACCUGCCUUGACAAGCCUAUUUUUGUGACAUGGCAGCACACAACACUAUGCAUUUAAAGCACUUUUUUGUAAUAUGUUUGACCCGCCCCUCCCCUCCAAAGGAAUGCCAAUUAAGUUGCUGUAACUGUGUCAUCAAAUUAUUGUAGUACCUCAGUUUCAUUCCUGUUACAUGCAUAUCUUUAUAAAUGAAGUAGCUGUUACGAUGCCUUUUGUUUUCCAUUGAAUGUACACUACUGAACAGGAGUAGAAGUUAUCUGUUUACCAUGUGAGUCUUGAAACACUAAAGUUUUGUAAAACAUCAGUCAUGGUGGCAAUUUCUGUAUUAAAAAGAGCCUUAAAUGGAACAUUGUUUUUUGAGAUCAAAAACUGGCCACGUUGCAAUAAAACUUGUGGCUUAUUACAGAA